GGCAAAAAAACAGAAUCGUUACCAUCAGAUCAGAACUAUAGAAGACUUGGCUAAAAAAGAGGAAUUGUCCUGAAGCUGGAAUCAUUAGUUCUGCUGGCUACAACUCAGAUCCUUUGACUACCAGAACCUGGAUGAAUGAAAAUCUUCAUAGACAUUUAUCACAACUCACAAAGAGCAUGACUGACAUAAAGGAAGAGGACAGUUGUGACUUUCUACCAGAGCAUUUGUCUGCAGACAUGAAAGGUAGUGAUAUUUGUACACCAAUUUGCAAAGAGGAACCAUCUUUGUUACACAAAUUUGAAGGAGGGGAGAAGUCUCAUGUCAUGCAAUUUAGUGGUCAUGAGAGCACAAUUCAGCCAUCAACUCCAUCACAACAGGGAACAUCUUUGAAUGUGAUUAAAGAAGAAGACAUUGAUGAUUUCCUCCCUGAGUAUUUGUACAGGACAAAACAGGAAGAGAAUGAAACUGACACAUUGUACGUGAAAGAAGAAGCCAUGGACAUGAAAAGGGAAACCGAGUCUUCUCUAAUGGACUACAAUGAUGACAUGGCCUCAAAUGGUGAACACCAGACCGCUCAUCACCAGUCUGCUACAUGCGGAAAAGGCUUUAAACAGAAAAGUGAACUCAUCCCCCAUCAGAGAAUCCAUACUGGAGAAAGACCUUACCAUUGCACUACAUGUGGGAAAGACUUUACACAGAAAGGUCACCUCAUCAGGCAUCAGAAAACCCAUACUGGAGAAAAGCCAUUUCAGUGUUCAACAUGCGGUACAGCCUUUUGGCGAAGCAGCUAUUUAGCUGAUCACCAGAGAAUCCAUACAGGAGAAUGGUCUCAUCGGUGCACUACAUGUGGAAAAGGCUUUAAACGGAAAUAUGAUCUCAUGAACCAUCAGAGAAGCCACACUGGAGAAAGGCCUUACCAGUGUGAAACAUGUGGAAAAGGCUUUAAACAGAAAAAUGGUCUCGUCGGCCAUCAGAGAAUCCAUACUGGAGAAAGGCCUUACCAGUGCACUACGUGUGAAAAAGGCUUUGUACGGAAACAUCAACUCAUCACCCAUCAGAGAAUCCAUACUAGGGAAAGGCCUUAUCAAUGCACUACAUGUGGGAAAGACUUUGCACUGCAAUAUGAUCUUUUCACCCAUCAGAGUACCCAUACUGGCGACAAGCCUCACCAGUGUGCCACAUGUGGAAAAGGCUUUGCUCAAAAAUGGCACUUUAACAUCCAUCAGAGAACCCAUACUGGAGAAAGGCCUUACCAGUGUGCUAAGUGUAGGAAAUGCUUUGCACGUAAAAGUGAUCUCAACAGACAUCAGAAAAUUCAUUCGGCUACAACUAACACCGACUAAGACCUGUAGAAUAGUGACAGACCAUCUGCAUAUUGAGACUGGGGAACAAGACUUGAAUUAAAGGUGCACUAUGUAACUAUUGAACAUCUGCAUGUAGAGUUUUUGCCUUUUGUUUGCAAAAAUCGUAUAUUACUGUAUAUCAUUGUAUAUCACUCUAAUCACAACAGUGUGUAAAAAAUAAAAAUACAGUCAAUAUG